CGGCGAACGGAUGUAUGUACGCCGUCUGUAUUAAAUUUCGCACAGUAUCCGAAACUCGCUCGUUAUAUCCACGAGCGAUUUUGCUUAAAAAAACAAAGCUACACAUAUCUAUGAUUAAAAAAGUGCUAUCUUAUUACUUUAUAAGUUAUAUCGCUAAAGCAAUUUAUUUAAAAGCAGCGGCCGAUCGUAAGUGGAUGUGUUUGUGAUGGAUUCGAGGUACCUAUAAACUUUUGUUCGCUCUCCUAAGCCUUUUGUGUUUUAGGACAAAUUACUUAACCCUUAUAGUAAACCCUUACAACCCAUUGGUCCAAAAAAGUGACUUAUACAACGUACAAUAUCGAUACAAUUCAUAUCCUAUUUGUAACUUUAUUUAUUAAAUUCGAGUGUGUGGACCAAAGUUUGUAAAACUGUAUAUAUUUUUCGGAAAAGUGUAUAUUGUAGUGUAGUGUGUACAUAGUUGGUGUUACCUAUGUAGGUCAAGACACUUGAAAACUUAUAAUCGACGAUUUCUGAUCGAUAUCGUGUAACAUAUCAGGUUAAAAAUGUCUGUACCCACGACUGAUAGUACAGAAGCUAUUACAAAUUCCGGUUAUGGAAGCAGCGAUGAAACGGCUAGCCUCCUUGUAUCAGGCCCUUCAGUAACCGUCAUCGUGCCGAAAGAAAAUAGAAGUGUCAAACCAGUGCUACAAAGACAAGACUGCACUACCCAUCUUAGACCUCAGUUAUCUGGUGGCCCCGGAAGCGAAGAAAGCGCUGCCUCCAUACGAGUUGAAGACGGAACAACUAGAAGCGUUCCUGACAUAGAAUUACAAUGCAGAGACCAAGCGGACCGCCCGCAAACUUUAGUAUCACCAGUCGCAACCUGCUCUCACAGAGGCUCUGUAACGUGCCAGCUAGUUCCACACUCAUAUAAUAGAUGUCGCGUUUGCGAACGAAGGCAGUCAACGGCGCCAAUAUCAGCGCUGCAACUAGCGCGAUCUGUAUCGCGGGAAAGCGUUCGUUCAGCUCUGCACUACCCAUGCGGGUGCAGUUCACUACACGCCGUCAGCACGUGUCCUGUCAUUCAACCUCCAGCCUUAUUGCUACCGGCGUCAAGUAACAGAAUCAUUCGGCAGAGUUCUCAGCCGGAAUCUAGCGCAUGCGCGGCGCACUGUGCUCAUCAUAGCCACCACCACCCUAGCGCCUCCCUGCGGCAACUGCGGGAACCAGGCGAUGGAAUCGCUGGCAUCGCCGCGGACUCCCUCCGUAUUAAUGGAGGGAUGCGACCCUUCAAGCAGGGGCUGCUCCUCUGCCCACAAACCCUGUCGCAGACUCGCCGGGCCCGACUGAGGCGCGCAUUCACUGAGGCCACGGGAGAUACAGUGACCUACGUUAGAACGUUGCGAAAGCCGGUGUCGACGCUCUCGAUCCCGGGAACCAUGAAGGCCUACUCCGGCGGGCGGGAAGCGAGCGAGGAGGCCGGCGUGGCGCUGGUCGGAGUGCACAGCGAGUACCCGCGGUUCGGCGAAGAGAGGGCGCUCGGAGGCGGCACGUAUAAGGGCGGGGGGACUGCUAAGCAUAAACCUAAUAUAGGAUAUAGGUUAGGUAGAAGAAAGGCACUAUUUGAAAAGAGGAAAAGGAUAAGUGAUUACGCUUUAGUUAUGGGCAUGUUUGGUAUAAUAAUAAUGGUAAUAGAAAAUGAACUGUCGAGUGCAGGUGUAUAUAGUAAGGCUUCAAUAUAUUCUCAGGCUCUCAAGACGCUUAUAUCAAUGUCAACUGUGAUUUUACUUGGCCUAAUCGUCGCGUAUCACGCCUUAGAAGUACAGUUAUUUAUGAUAGACAACUGCGCUGACGAUUGGCGGAUAGCAAUGACGUGGCAGAGGAUAGCUCAGAUCGGACUCGAACUGGCGAUAUGCGCAGUCCAUCCUAUACCGGGCCAAUAUACAUUCACUUGGACCACUAAACUAGCCAAUAAGGGAGGCGUUAUUGGUGUAGAAGUUGGCACAAUGUAUAAACAAAUACAGGUACCAUACGAUGUAACUCUAUCGCUACCAAUGUUUCUUCGUCUUUACCUUAUAUGCAGGGUUAUGCUGCUACACAGCAAACUAUUUACUGACGCUUCUUCUAGGAGUAUAGGAGCAUUAAACAGGAUUAAUUUUAAUACUAGAUUUGUAUUGAAGACUCUUAUGACUAUAUGUCCGGGAACUGUGUUACUUGUAUUCAUGGUUUCCUUAUGGAUAAUUGCAAGCUGGACGCUUCGUCAAUGCGAGAGGUUUCACGAUGAGGAACAUGCUAACCUACUCAAUGCGAUGUGGCUUAUCGCAAUUACUUUUCUCUCCGUUGGUUUUGGUGACAUUGUGCCAAACACAUAUUGUGGCAGAGGUAUCGCUGUUAGCACCGGCAUUAUGAAUAAAAUGCCGAAAGGGGCAGGAUGCACAGCCUUAUUAGUGACCGUUGCUUCGAGAAAAUUAGAGUUAACUAGAGCAGAGAAGCAUGUGCAUAACUUCAUGAUGGAAACUCAGCUCACGAAAAAGCUGAAAAACGCUGCGGCGAAUGUGUUGAGAGAGACUUGGUUAAUAUACAAACACACACGACUCGUGAAGAGGGUCCAUCCAGGGAGAGUAAGGACGCACCAGAGAAAGUUUUUAUUAGCUAUUUAUGCAUUAAGAAAGGUAAAAAUGGAUCAAAGGAAACUGAUGGACAACGCCAACACAAUAACAGACAUGGCGAAGGACCCCUUCUUGUUACAGACCCAGAACACAGUGUACGAAAUUGUAUCAGACAUGAGCACAAGACAAGAUAGUAUAGAGGAACGGUUGACGAGUUUAGAAGAAAAGUUAAGUACACUACAGGAACAAGUGAACAGUUUACCAGAUGUGAUGGCGCGGUGCUUACAGCAGUGCUGGGAGCGGGCGGAGCAGAGGCGGAACUUUCUGCACCCAGACGCGGCGGCUGUGCCAACCCCGCCAGCUGCUAAUAUUUCUCCUUAUGCCAGAACAAUCCCUGCCAGCACGCACGGCUGGCCGGCGAGCCCCGUGCUGCAGCCGGCGGCGACGGCGCGCGCGCACUCUGCGCCCGAGAGCGCGGGCGCGCCGUCCCCCGCACCACAGCCCCCAAGCCCCGCGCCUCACCCCCGCCCGCCUCUGCCCAGCUGAGUACCGCCCUCCAACUCCGAACUCCUCUGCUGAACUCGACGAAACUCGGCGCCCCUCCUCUGACCCCCCCUUUUGUUACACGAGGCCAUCGGGUAAAUUGUUUCACGUUAUAUUUCGACGACUUUACCGAGACUUUCUUUUUUACCGAUGUUUUUUAAUGGACGUGUUCAAAAAGUGCUAAAUGACUGUGAAAUAUUUACCCCGGAUCGUCAGCGCGGAGCGAGAUAAGGUCAGCCGCAGUUUUCUUCGCUGUUCCGUAAAGUUUCGGAUGUGAUGGACUGUUUAGUGUUACGUAGAUAAUGAUGGACGGAAGGACGAGCCGAUGUGAUUACGAUGCUUUAUUUAAAGACGCUUUAGCCAAUACCUUAGAUGAUAUUUUGAUUAAAUUAUCACCGUUUGUAAAAAAUAAUGUUCAUGUCUCGUUUAAGGUGAAUCCGAAAUUAAUUUUAUAUAAACUGUAUCAAUAAGUUUAAUUUAUUUAUACAUUCGAUGAAUCACGUCACAAAUAUUGUAUUUGUUCAGGUGUGUUUUGUUAACCGAGUACGUUAUUAUUAAUCGACACAUGUAACUGAUGGCAACUGUUUGAGAAUUGAAUAGAUCUUUUAUACACACGUAGUAUAUAGAUGUUUGAAAGCAGCGAGAUAUAGGUACAGAUAUUAGUCUUGGUCACUUCUUUAUAAGUAUAAACUUUACAUAGUUCAGUUAAUAUAACUUCAGGAACAAUACGCAUAGCAGAAAUGUCUCACGUUAAAUAAAUAAAAAAGUAUAGCUCAAAGAUAAAAUUAAUAUCGACAUGGCAAUUAUUUUACUCGCACAAUCAAAAUAAAAUAUAUAAAAUUGUGAGGUUUUUAAAGAAGUAGAUACUGUACCAGUAUAGGGUAAUGCAUAAACAUUCUAAUAAAUGCAAAUUAAAAGUUAAAUAAUAACUGUGACAUUUCUGCUAGAUACGUAGAGUUAUCUGCUACAACCAUCUUACAGACCUUAUAGGUUUCUUUAAACUGUAUACACACUUAGUUAAUAGAAAAAUUGUUAUUACUUAUUGACGUAGAUGUAAUUUUUAUAACAUAGAAUAAGCAAGCUUCGUAUUAAGACAUUAAGAUUGAUGGCUGUCUAAAUAGUGCCUAAAACACUACAAAAAUUUCGAUAAUUCAGUUUUAUUAUCUUAAAUAUUAUUAAUAACCUGUAAAUAGUACCUAGUUUGUAAUGAGAGUAUAAUAAUGAUUACUAGCUUGUAUGGGAAGGAGUUGUGGGAACAAUUUAUUUAUAUUUUUUGUUAACAUUAUCGUCUAAAACAUUUUCACUUUAAUAAUGUAUCUCCCUAUUGAAAUACCCAAUAUUUAUACCUAGAAUUACGUCACUGUUGAAUUCUUUCAUAGAUAUUUAGUAAGUAACAUAAAAUCUAUAACUGUAUGUUAAUCUACUAAAAAUAAUUUGAAAUUUAAAUCACAUUGUCCAAUAAAGUUAUAUGAUGCGUUGAAUUUCAGUAGCCCUAGGUAAUACCAAUAUGUGUUUUAUAUCUUGAUUGUAAACAAUUAAUAUUUUUGUUAUAUAGGUUCUUAAUAAAUAUUUUAUGUAGCUAUCGAAUUUUUUUAAACAUUACUUUUAUCUAUGGCGAAAAAAUAUUAUAUUUGUUAAAACCGAAUAUCUUGUACUAAUGCAUUUUUAAUCUGUGUAUUGUUACAGAUCAUAACUAUGUUAUUUAAAUUUAUGUUUGUAGCAAAAUUAUAUAAAGAUUGAAGUAACUAUAUUUAUAGACAAGGGUAAAAUAUUAUUGUAAGUUAUCAGUAUGCGGCCUUAGUAAUUAUUUAGUACGGCAAAAUAUUUUAGUAAUUAGGUAUUACGUUCGUUUGUGUUGCGUUAUAUUUUGCUAAUCUAUAAGUAAUUGGUUUCUAUAUUUAGUACAAUAUAAAUUAUUCCUAUUAGACGUUCGAUAUGAAACACCAAUUAGUGUAGAAUAGAAUAAUAUUUGUCUAGCUGUAGGUGUUGAUUUUACACAACCUUACUGUUAUUACAAAAUGUGUUUAUUUGAGUUUUUAGUUACUAAUAGAUAGAUGCUUAACUUACUCGCUACCUUUUCAAUUACUAACGGUACUAAAUCAUUGUUUUUAACCAAAACUAUGUCUCUGUGUUUGUUUUUUCGUUUGUGAUAAUGUUUUUCUAUGCCUUGUUUAAUUGUUAAGCUUAUUAAAUGUUCAUUUAAACUUGUAAG